UCAAGCAAUCACUCGAGCUUGAGGUUAUGGCUUCCGUUUAAACCCAAAAAUUCCAAAUUGCAGAGAAAAACAAUUCAAAGCUCCUUACUUUCGCCUUUCCCAUCUUCUAAUCUGUUUCAAAAUCGAAUCUUUAUCCUCCUGAAGAAGGUGAAGAAGAAGAGGGAGCUUCAAUGGCGGCCACAUCUUCUAACCCGUUACUACUCACCUCGAAUUUCCUCGGUUCCAAGAUCAUAAUUUCAGCUACGAAGCCAUCGAUUCCAUUCUCGCUCUUCUCCCAAAGGAAAUUUCAGGUCUCUAGAUCAGAAAACCGAAAGCUCACGAAACCGUUGUUGCCAUCGCAAGCUGCGUUAGCGACUCUGCUGUUUUCAUCGCCGUCGCUAGCAAUCGCCGAGCCUUACACAGUGGCUCAGCCUCCUGCACCGACCGAUACAAUCACCGUUGAAGCUCAGGCGAUAACUCCGUCUGCGACUGCGUUUGGCCAGAACGUGCUCCAGACAGCACCUAAUCCUCAGGCUCAGUCACCGGACAUUCCAGAUGGAACACAGUGGCGAUACAGCGAGUUCCUAAACUCCGUUAAGAAAGGUAAAGUGGAGAGAGUUAAAUUCAGCAAAGACGGCUCCGUUCUCCAGCUCACCGCCGUCGAUGGCCGUCGCGCCACCGUCAUUGUCCCCAACGAUCCGGACCUAAUCGAUAUCCUCGCCAUGAACGGAGUCGAUAUAUCGGUUUCCGAAGGAGAAUCCGGGAAUGGUUUGUUCGAUUUCAUCGGUAAUCUGAUUUUCCCUUUGCUUGCCUUUGGAGGGUUGUUUUAUCUCUUCCGUGGAGGUCAAGGUGGUCCAGGAGGUCCCGGAGGUCUCGGAGGUCCGAUGGAUUUCGGAAGGUCGAAAUCAAAGUUCCAGGAAGUUCCUGAAACCGGAGUUACAUUUGGAGACGUUGCAGGAGCUGAUCAGGCUAAGCUUGAGUUGCAAGAAGUUGUUGAUUUCUUGAAGAAUCCAGACAAGUACACAGCUUUAGGAGCUAAGAUACCUAAAGGGUGUUUGUUGGUUGGUCCUCCGGGGACGGGGAAGACGCUGCUGGCUAGAGCGGUGGCCGGAGAAGCAGGAGUGCCAUUCUUCUCGUGUGCUGCUUCGGAGUUCGUUGAGCUUUUCGUUGGUGUUGGUGCGUCUAGAGUUAGGGAUUUGUUUGAGAAGGCGAAAGCGAAAGCUCCUUGUAUUGUUUUUAUAGAUGAGAUUGAUGCUGUUGGUAGGCAAAGAGGAGCUGGUAUGGGAGGUGGAAAUGAUGAGAGAGAACAGACGAUUAAUCAGCUUUUGACGGAGAUGGAUGGUUUCUCUGGUAACUCUGGUGUCAUUGUGUUGGCUGCGACUAAUAGGCCGGAUGUUCUUGACUCUGCGCUUCUUAGACCGGGAAGAUUCGACAGGCAAGUCACUGUGGAUAGGCCUGAUGUUGCUGGCAGAGUCAAAAUCCUUCAGGUGCAUUCUAGAGGGAAGGCUAUUGGUAAGGAUGUGGACUAUGAGAAGGUUGCAAGGAGAACUCCAGGCUUCACAGGUGCAGAUUUGCAGAACCUGAUGAAUGAAGCAGCCAUUCUUGCGGCUAGGCGUGAGCUUAAGGAGAUAAGCAAGGACGAAAUAUCUGAUGCUCUUGAGAGGAUCAUUGCUGGACCUGAGAAGAAGAACGCUGUUGUCUCUGAGGAGAAAAAAAGACUCGUUGCUUAUCAUGAGGCUGGGCAUGCUUUAGUUGGUGCGCUUAUGCCAGAGUAUGAUCCAGUGGCCAAGAUAUCGAUUCUUCCCCGUGGACAAGCAGGUGGGCUCACGUUUUUCGCACCUAGUGAAGAGAGACUUGAGUCUGGACUAUAUAGCAGAAGCUACCUUGAGAAUCAAAUGGCUGUUGCACUCGGUGGAAGAGUUGCGGAGGAGGUGAUCUUUGGAGACGAGAAUGUGACGACUGGAGCAUCAAAUGAUUUCAUGCAGGUGUCACGUGUAGCUCGCCAAAUGGUUGAGAGAUUCGGUUUCAGUAAAAAGAUUGGACAAGUUGCAGUUGGUGGAGCAGGAGGAAACCCUUUCAUGGGUCAACAGAUGUCAUCGCAGAAGGAUUACUCGAUGGCAACAGCGGAUAUUGUGGACGCGGAAGUGAGAGAGCUUGUGGAGAAGGCGUACGCGAGGGCUAAGGAGAUUGUAACAACUCAAAUUGAUAUCCUACACAAGCUUGCUCAGCUCCUGAUUGAGAAAGAAACUGUGGAUGGUGAAGAGUUCAUGAGUCUUUUCAUUGAUGGACAAGCUGAGUUGUAUGUUUCUUGAAUCAAAUGAUUUUGGCUUGUAAAAAGCCAUUAAUUAGCUUCAAUGUAUACAGUACUGGAUGUUGUUAAUAGACGCUUUGAGAACAUGUCUUCUGACUCUUUGAGGGUAUAUAUUAUGUCUCUUCUGUGUUCUGUUUUA